CCGCAACUAGUCCGCUGUGAUGACUGAUCUCUAUGUUGGUUCUAUGUCUAUGCCGCCCCGCCGUGUCGACAACAUAUCGAGCAUUUCGAUCUUUAGGGAUUUCCUCAUCGGUGCGAACGAACAGUAAGCCUCAACUUUCAAUUGCGCGUCAUCUCGCUACAAGGGCGGCUCGAAGUCUAUCUGAUACCAUGUCUCAACCACCACAACAGCAGCCGAGUCUCCCUGAACCCGCCCACGCCGACAUCGAUUCCAUGCUGUCCCGGAAGUUUGGCAAGGAGGUCGCGAACUAUUUCGCAGGAUCGCCCCUCAACCGAGUUUCCUUCCUCCGAACCGACCAUGCCUUCCUCUCCACCGCGCUGAACCAUCCCUCGACCACCUUCCUCGUCCUGAACAACUUCAACGCCCUCGUCACAGCGCCCAAAGAGCUCGCGUACGUGAAAUACGACGCCGUCAAGGCGAUCCUCGGCGGUGACCCGUUCGUGAAAUCCGAGGCCGAGCUGCUGAAGGAAUACAACUCCACGACGUAUCUCCCGCAAGUCGUCUUCCUAGGGUUGGAUCCCCGGAGAGAGGACGGGAUCGAUCAUAAGGGCGGCUACAAGGGCGCGCCGGUAUUCGCGAUCGACAUCACGCCGAAAUCGACGUUAAAAGAUGCCGCGGAGAAGUUGGUCCAGGAGUUCGAGGGCAAGGGAUACAGCUUCCCCAAGGAUCGCGUUCAAAUGUCGUUCCCCGCCCACGAAGCCGCCAUCUACGCCGAAGCCCGCCAUGUCAUGGACUGGAACGCCCGCAACCCCUUCUGCGCCCAAUGCGGCCAACCCACCCUUUCCAUUAACGCCGGCUGGAAACGCAGCUGUCCGCCUACAGACCUCGCGCGCGUCGGCGGCGUCGUCGGCAGCACCACCUCGGAGACCCCCUCCAAGCGACCCGACUGUGCGACGCGGACGAGCCUCUCCAACGUCUCGUUCCCGCGGACCGACCCCACCGUCAUCAUGGCCGUCGUGUCGGCGGACGGGCAUCGCGUGCUGAUGGGCCGGCAGAAGCGGUGGCCGGCGUUUUGGUAUAGCACACUGGCUGGGUUCUUGGAGCCGGCGGAGUCGGUUGAGGAGGCGGUGCGGCGCGAGGUGUGGGAGGAGAGUGGCAUUACGCUCGGGCGGGUGGUGAUCCAUUCGACGCAGCCGUGGCCGUAUCCGGCGAACCUGAUGAUCGGGGCGAUCGGGCAGGCGAUCGCCGGGGACGGGGAGAAGGUGCACCUGGGACAUGAUGCGGAGUUGGAGGAUGCGAAAUGGUUUACGAUGGAGGAAGUGAGGACGGCGUUGAGGGUUGGCACGAGUGGUUUGGGGGAUGCGGCUGGUGCGGAGUACAAGGAAGGGGGGCUGAGGUUACCGCCGAGCACCGCGAUUGCUAAUCAGUUGUUGACAGCUGUGGCUAACGGAUUCGUUAGUGGGGAUAGUAAGAUAUAGAUAUUCCUGCGCAUAUCUACGCAAGAUCUUGCAGCCUUGUGCCGGACUUUGGUAUAUAGACAGUGACUAGACUGCAUUAUAGCAAUGGACUAUUG